AUGAACGGUCUUCCACCAACACCGGGACAAUGGCGAGAGGCGCGUGCCCCCGACGGCCGCACCUACUACUACCACACUGUUACAAAGGAGACGAAAUGGACCAAACCCGCCGAAAUGAUGACACCACUGGAAAAAGCGCUGUCUACCCAGCCAUGGAAAGAAUACACCACCCCCGAAGGCCGGAAGUAUUACUCCAAUUCCGAGACCAAGCAGACUGUAUGGGAGAUGCCGCAACAGUAUCGAGAUGCUCUGAAUUCUGUCCAGCUCCCUCCGAAGCCAACUCAGCAAACCCCUGCCUUUGUCGCCGGCGGAUCUACUGCACUUGCAUCCUACCGCGAACGAGACGAUCACAUGCCCUACGAUGCGAAACCUCGACCAGAGAGCGCACUCUCGGUGCCAGCCAUCACAAAGGAAGUAGUGCCGGAUUAUUCCAGCUUUGAAGAGGCGGAAGCUGCAUUUAUGAAACUAUUGCGACGAUCAAAUGUCCAGCCCGAUUGGACUUGGGAGCAGACGAUGCGCGCGACUAUCAGAGAUCCUCAGUAUAGAGCCUUGAAAGACCCCAAGGACAGGAAGGCUGCUUUCGAGAAAUAUGCGGUCGAGGUUCGGCAACAAGAACGGGAAAAGGCCAAAGAAAGGCUGGCUAAGCUACGCGCAGAUUUCGGUAACAUGUUGAGAACACACCCCGAGAUCAAGCACUACAGUCGAUGGAAAACUAUCCGGCCCAUCAUCGAGGGGGAGACCGUGUUCCGAUCCACUGACAAUGAGGAUGAGCGUAAGCAACUUUUCGAAGAAUACAUUAUCGAGCUUAAGAAACAGCAUAUCGAGCAGGAAGCCGCCACUCGCAAAUCAGCCCUGGAUGAUCUGGUUGCUAUUCUCAAAGCCCUCGACUUAGAACCCUACACCCGAUGGGCGCAGGCCCAGGAGAUGCUACAGUCGAAUGAGAGGAUACAGUCGGAUGAGAAAUUCAAGCUUCUGAGUAAGUCAGAUGUUUUGACGGCUUUUGAGAACCAUAUCAAAUCUCUCGAAAGGACUUUCAAUGAUGCACGUCAGCAGCAAAAAGCCAGCAAAGCAAGACGCGAAAGACAAAACCGCGAUAGAUUCGUGGAACUACUCCAAAGUUUGCGAAGUCAAGGCAAGAUCAAGGCGGGCACCAAGUGGAUGACUAUACUACCCGAAAUCGAAAACGACCCGAGGUAUGUUGCAAUGUUGGGUCAAGCCGGCUCAACGCCCUUGGAUCUGUUCUGGGACAUGGUUGAGGAGGAAGAAAGGGCUUUACGGGGGAGGAGGAACGAUGUGUAUGAUGUCCUUGAGGACAAACGAUAUGAAGUCACACCUAGAACUUCCUUCGACGAGUUUCUUGAUGUCAUGCUUGCUGAUCGACGAACAGCCAAUAUCGAUCGAGACGCCCUGCAGCUCAUUUUCCAACGUCUACAUGACAAGGUGGUGCGCAGAAGCGAGGAUGAAAAGCACGCUGCUGACCGCCAUCAGCGUCGUGCUGUGGAUGCGCUGCGCUCCAGAAUCAAGCAUCUAGAACCUCCGAUCCGUAUUUCUGACUCUUGGGAGGAUGUCAAAUCACGAGUGGAGAAGACAGAUGAGUAUCAUGCCGUUGAAAGUGAAGAACUGAGGAAGUCUGCCUUCGAAAAGGUGGUCAAGCGGCUGAAGGAAAAGGAGGAAGACGCUGACAAGGACCGAGAACGACGGCAUUCGAGACGAGGUGAUGAUCGAGAGCACCGUAACGGUCACCGAGGCGAGACCAGAUACGGCCGGCUCUCGAAGACUCCCGAGCCUGACGCUUACGAAGCAGAUCGCCGCAAAGCCCAGGCAGCUCGGGAGAAGCAAUAUAGAAAGGCGAGCGGGUUCAGCCCACCACCCUCACACACUCGCGAAAGAAGAGAACGCGAUGAGAGACACGGUCGCCUUGAUCGCGACAGAUCGCCUCCAACUCGACGCAUGAGUGCUUACGAGCGUGAGCGGCGCGAGAGAGAAGAAGAACGAGAGCGUAUCUAUCGCACACGUGCCGAACCGCGCAGCAGCAGAGACGAACUCAACUAUGGUGAAGAAGCAAGAAGCAUUACGGGCAGCGAUCGACGACGGAGAAGGGACGGAAGCGAGGACAGCAUCGAAAGUGGACGACGUAGUGCAAAGCGGAACCGUCGAGAGAGACGGUCACGGUCUCGUGACAAGGGGAAGAGCAAGACACCCGAACCUUCAUCGUCGGUCAAAAAAGACAAAGACAGUGAGAUGCUGCAAGUCCCGGAGCCCAGCGGUGUGCAUUCAGGAAGUGAGGAAGGAGAAAUUGAAGAGGAUUGA